AUGGGGAUCACCGCCGAGGCAAAGGCCAAAAAUGACGUCUCUCAGUUGGAGGACACUGGCGCUGCGGCCUUCCACACGACGCCUGACCACGCCGAGGAGAAGCUGACGUUCCGCGAUUUCUGGGAGCAUCGACGCGUCUUGGGUUUCUGUUUCAUCAUCUAUCUCCUCCCCAUCAACUUCGGCUAUGAGGUCUCCAUGGUUGGAAAGCUCUUUGCCGUGACUCCCUUCGCCCAGCACUUCGGCUACGAGGUCGACGGAGUUUGGGUUGUCAAAGCCACCGACCAGCAACUCGUCAACGCCGCCAGCACCAUUGGCCUCUUCACGUCCGCGUUUGCAACCGGCAUCAUCAGCGACUACAUCGGCCGAAAGAAGACCAUCGUCAUGGCCUGCUUUAUUUGCAUCAGCGGCGUCAUUCUCCAAUACUUCAGCACCACCAUUUACAUGAUCUUUGGCGGCAAGCUCCUGUCAACUCUGGGCUUUGGUCUCGGCCACUCGCUUGGUCCUGUGUUUGUUGCCGAGCUUGCCCCAACCAAGAUGCGUGGUGUUUGCCUCGUCCUCAUUAAUACCACGAUUGUCAUGGGACAAUGGCUCAACUCGCUCGUCGUCUACUUUUGCAAGAACUACGAAGGCGACAUGGCGUGGAGAAUCCCCAUCAUCACCCAGGUCUGCCCCCCAGGCUUGCUGCUCCUCGCCCUCGCAUUCCUUCCCGAAUCGCCGACUUGGCUGCUCAUCAAUGGCCGUCAUGAAGAGGCUGCCAAGUCUUACCGCCGCUUCAACGGAGCAAACUUCGAUGUCGACGCCGCUGUCGAGGUGGCCACCGUUGCCAUUGCGAAGGAGGAAGACGCCAGGAAAGAGCAGGAAGGUUCCAGCUGGUUGGAGUGCUUUAAGGGCACCAACCGCCGCAGGACGCUUAUUAUUGUGAUGGUGUACAUCUCACAGCAGUUCAUUGGUGUCAACUUUAUCAGUGGAUAUCUUACGUAUUAUUUCCGACUUGCCGGCGUCAACGACCCCCUUGCUCUUGGACAGAUCGCAAAUGCCAUUCAGCUUUUCGGUAAUAUUUGCUCGUGGCCGCUGGUGGAUCGUCUUGGAAGACGGCCCAUGAUUGUCGGCGGUUAUACCAUCAUGUCCGGUCUGCUCCUCGUCAUUGGCGGUAUCAGCACUAUUGGCACCUCCCCUUCUCUGUUGGCGCAGGUAGCUCUUAUGUGCGUCUGGGGAUUUUUGUAUCAGGCAACUCUCGGCGCUGUCGCAUAUGCCAUCGGAGGAGAGACCGCCAGUGUGCGCCUCCGACAAAAGACUUACAGCAUCAACAUUAUGGUUGCCACAGCCUUCUCGUGCCUGAUCACCCAGGUGAUGCCCUACCUGCUCAACACCGACCAGGCCAACCUCGGCGGCAAGAUCAGCUUCGUCUUCUUCGGCUUGUCGGUCCCCGUGUUGAUCUACCUCUACUUCUGCCUUCCCGAGCUCAAGGGUCGUAACUACGCCGAGGUCCAGGAGAUGUUCGAGAACAAGGUGCCGGCGAGAAAGUUCAAGACUUACAAGUGCGAUUCGGCAUUGUUGGAGCACAGCGAGACGAAGAAGGAUCUGGAGCUGUGAUUGGCGGGAGAAGCAACCGGUAGAUGAACUAGUUAGUUGCUAGAGAUAGUCAGAAAUGCCUGUCCAAGACAAAGCCUGACUGCUAGUGGUGCAGCCCUACCUUCGCGAGCUU